ACUCCCACGGCCAUUACUCCUCCACUCCGAGCUUCACUCCCUGCUCGACUAAAUGGCCUCCGUUGCUCUCAAAUCCUUCACCGGCCUCCGCCAAUCCUCGACGGAGAAGCCCCAUUUCAUCACGCAAACCAAGGCCAACCCGAACCCCCAAUUUCGGCGCCGCUUCUAUGUCGCCGCUGCUAAAACGAGCCCUAAAAUCGCCGGCCGGAACCUCAGAGUCGCCGUGGUUGGCGGCGGUCCCGCUGGAGGAUCGGCAGCUGAAACUCUUGCCAGAGGCGGCGUUGAGACUUUCUUGUUCGAGAGGAAGCUCGACAACUGCAAGCCCUGCGGUGGUGCGAUUCCUCUGUGUAUGGUCGGCGAGUUCGAUCUUCCGUUGGACCUGAUUGACCGUCGUGUCACAAAGAUGAAGAUGAUCUCUCCGUCGAACGUCGCUGUGGAUAUUGGCCGAACCCUAAAACCUCACGAGUACAUUGGGAUGGUUCGGCGAGAGGUUCUGGAUGCGUAUCUUCGGAAUCGAGCUGCUGAAAAUGGGGCUAAUGUGAUUAACGGCUUGGUGAUGAAAUUGGAACUUCCAAAGGAACAAAAUGCACCGUAUGUCAUUCAUUACACUGCGUACGACGGGAAGAAAGGAGGCGUCGGAGAGAAGAUGACAUUGGAGGUCGACGCCGUGAUCGGUGCCGACGGAGCUAAUUCUCGAGUCGCCAAGGCCAUUGACGCCGGCGAUUACGAUUACGCCAUCGCAUUUCAGGAGAGAAUCAAAAUCCCAGAUGACAAAAUGGUGUACUACGAGAAUCUUGCAGAGAUGUACGUAGGUGACGACGUGUCGCCGGAUUUCUACGGGUGGGUUUUCCCGAAAUGCGACCAUGUCGCCGUUGGCACCGGUACAGUGACUCACAAGGCUGAUAUCAAGAAAUUUCAAAUAGCCACACGAAACAGAGCAAAGGACAAGAUCUUAGGAGGGAAGAUCAUCCGAGUUGAAGCACAUCCAAUCCCUGAACACCCUCGUCCACGGCGGCUGGCCGGGAGAGUGGCACUUGUGGGCGAUGCAGCUGGGUAUGUGACAAAAUGCUCCGGGGAGGGCAUAUAUUUUGCAGCGAAGAGUGGACGAAUGUGCGCAGAGGCGAUUGUCGAGGGAUCGGAGAAUGGGAAGAGAAUGGUGGAGGAAUCAGACCUGAGGAAGUACUUAGAGAAAUGGGAUAAAACUUACUGGCCAACUUAUAAGGUUCUGGAUGUGUUGCAGAAGGUGUUUUACAGGUCGAAUCCGGCGAGGGAGGCUUUUGUGGAGAUGUGCGCCGACGAGUAUGUGCAGAAGAUGACAUUUGACAGUUACUUGUACAAGAGAGUGGUGCCUGGGAAUCCAUUGGAGGACUUGAAAUUGGCUGUGAAUACCAUUGGGAGCUUGGUGAGAGCUAAUGCUUUGAAGAGGGAGAUGGAGAAAGUUAGUUUAUGAGAGAACUGUCUAAUUAAAAAGAAAACAUAAAUCUUUAGUUUCCUAAGGCAUCCAGAUAAUCAAUUCAAUCAUAUAGAUUUUGUAGAUGGGAUGUUUAAUGUUAAUGAAUUUUAACUUUCAUCACUUCACUUUUGUUAAAAAUUUCAACUUCAAAUCUGUGUUCCCAAUGAAAGAGACCACUGGUUUUUAUAUUA